AUGGUAGACAUCUUUGUUGCCUCCAAAGUUUUGAAGGAUAAUCGGGGCCAGGAAGGCUCCGGACGGAGCAGGUUUUCUGGACCACAGACACACUGCCCCGGCGCCCACCGCAGGCCGCUCCUCCCCAGGCCCGUGCCAGUGCCCCGCUGGUUUCCGCCGCGCUGCCGGGACUGGAGCUCAGACGGCCUUCGCCAGCCCCCCCAACCCACGCAGGUCCCUGCUGACCUGGGCAAAUCCCCACCCUCGCUGAAGGUUCGAGGACCACCCCGCUUUCCCGAGAGGAGCCAGGCAGCGGGUACUUAUCUCCGACCUCCGGCGAGUAGGAGACGCCGCGCGACCGCCAGUCCUCCAGUUACAGGAACCGCACGAGAGAGUCUUGCUCUGUCACCCAGGCUGGAGUGUAAUGGUGCAAUCUUGGCUCACUGCAACCUCCGUCUCCCGGGUUCAAGCGAUUCUCCUGCCUCAGCCUGCCAAGGUUUACAGGCAUUUGGGUUAGCCCUUGUGUUACCUGAGGCUCAUACUGCUUCCAGCAGCAAGGCUCCUUCCCUAACGAGGCCCUCACCAGCCACCUCCCAUCCCCAUCCUCCAACCAUAGCACAACUGACAGUCUCAGUGGGAGACAUGAAACUAAACAGGAAUGAUACAUUGACAAUAAAGAACAUGAAGAGAUGGUUCCUGGACACUACAAGAAACGUGUGGUCCCAGCUACUCGAAGACUGAAGUGACAGGAUCAGUUGAGCCCAGAAGGUCGAUGCUACAGUGAGCCAUGAUCAUGCCACUAUACUCCAACCUAGGUGACAGAGCGAGACUCCAUUUCAGGAAAAAAAAA